ACAUGUAAAAGAUCUUUCCAUAACCAUCUGAUUAUUUGGCUCCAAUGACCGAGAAGGAAAAAGUGUAAGAGUGAGUUUAUAGUUAAAAGUCUAUUGGAAAAAUGGAAGAGUAAUGAAUUGGGGAAUGAAAAGAAGAAUGCAAUAAAGAUUAGAUUAUUUUUGUAUUUAGGAUUAAGUACAACAGUAUAUGGAUUAUUGGGAAUUUAUUUAGUAAAUUCAAUUGUCAAAGAUAUGGAGAAAUCUGGAUUUUAAAAAAUGGAAAAGGAAGCAUCAAAUAUUAUAGAUAAUAUUAAGAGAGCAGAUUUCAAAUAUGCCAGAAGUACUGAAAUUAGUAAUUAAAUGUUGAAGAUACUUAAAUAUAAGUAAGUAGUAUAAGGAUUUUGUUGUAUAAUGGGAUUGUCUUAUGGAUUAGCUUAGAUGAGAAUGUAUAUUAAAGAGUAUGCAGAGAAUUAUUAAAAUUGAGUUAUAUAAUUAUUU